AUGUGGUCUGUGGGUAGAUACCUUCUCGGAGACCUCAGUCAGUAUCCCGAUUAUUACCUGCAGAACUUCCACUGGCAAACCGAUGGUUGGUUGUCGACGAAGAGUGCGAGGACGUAUGAAUAUACAACUGAAUCUCUCUUCUCCGGCUCGCAGGACGCCAUGCAGCGGCAGAGCUUUGUGUCUGUCAGUGAGCACAUCUCGCUUCUGAAAGGCAUCAAGGAGGAGCAUGAAAUGAAGCUGUUGGAGGUGGCGUGUGGGACUGGCAGGUUGCACACCUUCAUCAAAGACAACUGGCCAACGAUCGAGUCCGUUGCUUCUGAUCUGUCACCUUAUUACCUUCAGGUAGCGGAAGAGAACAUGCAGUACUUCGCAGAGUACACGCGAUCGGUCACAGGGCGGGAGAUCUCGUUCCCCAAGUUUGUGCAGGCAAAAGCAGAAGAUUUACCGUUUGAUGACGAGGAAUUUGACAUAGUGACGUGCACUUAUUUGUUUCACGAGAUUCCCUUCCCUGUGAGGAAGGAGGUGGCCUCGGAGAUGUUCCGCGUGCUCGAGCCGGGAGGCAUCGCCGUCAUCACCGACUCCUUUCAGAAGGGAGACAUUCCUGAACGAGACCACAUCGGCAAGCGCUUCCCUGCCAACUACCACGAGCCCUACUACAUGAGCUACUUCGAGAACACUGACCUGGUACCUCUGCUCCUCCUUGCGCCUCCUGCCUGCAGCUUGCUGGCUGCCUUCUCAGCAGGGUUCCAGGUCAAGAUCUACCAGGAGGCCGGCUUCGUCCUCCGCACCCACCAGUGUGCGCAUCUCUCUAAGGUGCUCACGUUCGAGAAGCCUGGAGGGUCUCACGCCAAGAUUCGCCCCUACGCGCUCUGGGCGAUAGUCUGACGUCCUUCUCUGUCAUGGGAUCUUUCUUCAGUGCUCCUGCUGGGGUAGCCGGUGUGAAUGAGGGGGAAGUAGAAGAGAAGGAGAGUGGGGCAGGAGGAUCGCGAGGUCAACUAGUUUGUAUAUACAAGGAUGCUCAACUUG